UUCCUGUGACGAGCUUACCGCAGCUUCAGGUUUCAACACUUGCAGGAUCUUCGCUGCUGCCGCUGCCGAGCUGUGUCUAAGACAGCCAGGCAGCAGCUUUUCUGGUCACUUUGAAAGCUGUCCUCCUUUUCGGCUUUUUGGACUUCCGAGAAGCGCCGAAGAAAUGCCUUUACUGUCGAGGAUUUAGCGAGUUUGUGUUGUUGAAUACUUGAAGCCACCUGAACUGAACUGAACCGUUGACUUGUCACCAUGAGAAGCAGGAGCAACUCGGGCGUUAAACUGGACAACUAUGCCCGGAUGGUGCACCAAACUAUCCUGACGCACCAAGAUCCAGUAACGGGUCUUCUGCCCGGCAGCGCAGAUGAGCCGCACUCCUGGGUCAGAGACAAUGUUUACAGCAUCCUGUCUGUGUGGGCCCUCAGUCUGGCCUACAGGAAGAACGCUGACAGGGACGAAGACAAGGCCAAGGCCUACGAACUGGAGCAGAGUGUGGUGAAGCUAAUGAGAGGUAUCCUCCAGUGCAUAAUGAGGCAGCUGGAUAAGGUGGAGAAGUUCAAAUACAGCAGAAGUACCUCAGACUCGCUCCAUGCCAAGUACAACACCAGGACCUGUGCUCCUGUUGUUGGAGACGACCAAUGGGGUCACCUGCAGGUCGACGCCACCUCACUCUUCCUGUUCUUCCUUGCUCAGAUGACUGCAUCUGGUCUCCAUAUCGUUUACACCCAAGAUGAAGUGGACGUAGUUCAGAAUCUCAUGUUCUACAUUGAGGCGGCUUACAAAGUGGCUGAUUAUGGGAUGUGGGAAAGGGGAGACAAAACCAACCAGGGCAUCACUGAGAUUAACGCCAGCUCUAUAGGCAUGGCAAAGGCAGCUCUGGAGGCUUUGGACGACCUCAACCUGUUUGGAGCAAAAGGAGGACCUGGAUCUGUGGUCCACGCUUUGGCUGAUGACAUACAGCACUGCCAGUCCAUCCUGACGUCGAUGUUACCCAGAGCGUCCAUCUCUAAAGAGGUGGAUGCCGGAGUCCUGUCUAUCAUCUCGUACCCUGCCUUCGCUGUGGAGGACAUGAGCAUAGUCAACAUGACCAAGGAGGAGAUCAUCUCUAAACUGCAGGGUCGAUACGGCUGCUGCAGGUUUCUCAGAGACGGACACAAAACGCCUAAAGAGGAUCCAAACCGUCUGUAUUACGAGUCUGCAGAACUGAAGCUGUUUGAAAACAUCGAGUGUGAGUGGCCGCUGUUCUGGACCUACCUCAUACUGGACGGCAUUUUUAUCAACAGCCCUGAACAGGUGCAAGAAUACCAGGAGGCUCUGGAGGGCAUCAUGAUCAAGCAGAAAGACGGGAUACGACUGCUGCCAGAGCUCUACAGUGUCCCCCCAGAUAAGGUGGAGGAGGAGUAUAUGAGCCCUCACUCUGUGGAGAGGAUCCCGAUGGGUAAAUGUCCUCUGAAAUGGGGACAGUCUCUGUACAUCCUGGGAAACCUUUUGACUGAGGGAUUUCUCGCCCCCGGAGAGAUCGACCCUCUUAACCGACGUUUCUCCACCAUCCCCAAGCCUGAUGUGGUCGUGCAGGUGUCAAUUCUGGCAGAGACUGAGGAGAUUAAAGAGCUGCUGUUAAAGAACGGUGUAGAUGUGGAGACUGUUGCUGACAUCCAUCCCAUCCACGUGCAGCCCUCCAGAGUCCUUAGCCACAUCUACGCCAGACUUGGUCGUAACCCGAGGCUGGGUCUGACGGGACGACCCUACAGGAGAAUAGGAGUGCUGGGAACCUCCAAAUUCUACAUCAUCAGAAACACCAGGUUCUCGUUCACACCUCAGUUCAUCGACCACCAGCAGUUCUACUUGGCGUUGGACAACAAAAUGAUCGUGGAGAUGUUGAGGACAGAAAUCGCCUACCUCUCAUCCAGAUGGAGGAUGACCGGACGCCCCACCGUCACUUUUCCCAUUUCACAGACUAUGUUGACUGAAGACCACACAAACCUGGACCCUGCAGUCUUGGCUACACUGAAGAAGCUACAGGAUGGAUAUUAUGGAGGAGCGAGGAUCCAGACGGGGAAGCUGUCGGAGUUCUUGACCACUUCCUGUUUCGCUCAUCUGAGCUUCCUGGACGGUAAGGGUUCUGGCAGCAUGAGCCGCCACGACGAAGAGUAUGAUGAUGAUGCGGGUGACGGCGAUGGAUACCAGCAUGAGUUACAUUAUGAUGAUGAGGCUGAUGACCUCGCCCAGUACCUGGACCACCUGCUGGCUCACGCUGCCCCCAAGAAGCCCAAACGGCAGGUCGGAGGUCUGGGUAGGUUCAAGGCCGUGGCCACCAAAACCAAGGACAUGGUGUCUCUGAUGAACAAAGCUCAGGACCUCGACGUACACAAUGUCAACAUGUACCUGCCGAACAAGCUGUUUCGCUCUCCUCAGCCUUCCCUCAACCUGAACCUCCCAGAAGCCUCGCCUGUACCUCCAGAAACUCCGGACCCAGAGGUGUCGGUCACAACAGAGAGCGUUAUCCCCAGAGAUGCCAGCGGAGCCAUCGACUACAACGCUUUGGUCCAGCUGCUAAAAAACACACAAAGUCUCCAGGACCAGGCUGAUAUACUCUACAUCCUCUUCAAAGACAAGGGUAUGGACUGGGACACUCAUCUGCACGGUAAAGGCUUCACGGUGAGAUCUCUGCUGAGUGACCUUUAUGAGAAGGCAGGUGAACUCAAACACUGGAGCCUCAUCAGGAUGAUCUCUGGCAUGCUGAGGAAGAAGGUGGAGGAGCUCGAUUCGGCCUGCUCGGAUUUGCUGGCGCAUCAGAAGCACCUGACUGUGGGUCUACCUCCUGAGCCGAGAGAGAAAACCAUCACUGCUCCCAUACCUCCAGACCAGCUGGCUGCGCUCAUCGACGAGGCCAGCGACAACAACAUCAGCGUGGCCAUACUCACUCAGGAGAUCAUGGUGUACCUGGCUAUGAGCAUCAGGACUCAGCCCUGCCUCUUCAGUGAGAUGUUCAGGCUCCGUAUUGGUCUCAUCAUCCAGGUCAUGGCCACCGAACUGGCCCAGUCACUCAACUGCUCAGGAGAGGAGGCUACAGAGAGUCUGAUGAGUCUCAGUCCAUCAGAACUGAAGAAUCUCCUCCACCACAUCCUCAGUGGGAAAGAGUUUGGAGUGCAGCGCAGCGUUAGAGAGAUGGAUGCCGGCGUCAGUCCGGCCAUCUCCAUCCAUCACCUGGGCAACGUGGGCGCCACCAAGAGCGAGAGAGCCGGCAUCAGCAAACUGAAGAGCGAAAUGAAGAUGCUGGAACACAGGUUGUCUUUGACGGAUCCGAGUAAGGCGGAGCACAGGUUGUCCUUGACGGAUCCAUUUAAGAUGGACCACAGGGUGUCUUUGACUGACUCAGUUAAGCUUGACCAGUCACUGACGUCCGUUCACAAGAGCAUGCGAUCUCAGUCUCUGGACAUAGAAAACUUUGAAUCUGGGAGGUACAGGCUGCCGUCCAUUGAGUCUCUGGACAUUCCGGAGUGCAUUCCGGUUUCCAAGGAUACCAGACACGGCCAAUGGCUGCGCAGGAGGCGUCUGGACGGAGCGCUGAACCGAGUCCCUGUCGGCUUCUACCAGAAAGUCUGGAAGAUCCUGCAGAAGUGCCACGGUUUGUCCAUAGAAGGGUUUGUCCUUCCUUCUUCAACCACCAGAGAGAUGACACCGGGAGAGAUCAAAUUCUCCGUCCACGUGGAGACUGUUUUGAACCGCGUCCCUCAGCCUGAGUACCGACAGCUGCUGGUGGAGGCCAUCCUGGUGCUCACCAUGCUCGCCGACGUGGAGAUCCCGAGCAUCGGCUCCAUCAUCCACGUGGAGAAGAUCGUCCACAUCGCCAACGACAUGUUCUACAAGGAUCAGAGGGACCUGGGAGCAGAGGAGCAAAUCCUGGAGAGAGACCCGUCCACCGGAGUGUGCAGGCUGCUGUACGACAGCGCCCCCAGUGGCCGCUUCGGGAGCAUGACCUACCUCACCAAGGCCGUGGCGGUGUACGUGCAGGACUUCCUGCCCAGCGGGUCGUGCGCGGUGCAGUGAGAGGACGCCACAAGGAAGGAGGCCGACCCAUGAAACCAGAGCAGGGGUGAAACCACUCAGUAGAAAAUGAAAACAAGUUAAAGCUAAGAUUUGCAACAUUUUUCACAUUAAAAUAACUAUAUUGUCACUAUGUGUGUUAGUGUAGCGUUAAACAGGAUCAGUGAUAGAAACAAGUGAAGCUGGAGCUGAGAGACACAUGUUACAGUAUUAUUUAUGUGAAAAGAUCUGAUCAAACUUUAACAACAGACUCACAUGAAUUAUGAUAUGUGUCUAAAUAAUUAAAGCUUUUUUUUUAGAUGAAAACUUUGUGUGUUGAAGGGGAAUCGACCUCAGUGCUCAGUCCUCAGUGUUUCGGCGUCCCGGUUUCCAUGGCAACCUCCACUUCGCCUGUACACAUACUGUAUCACCAGACUGUAGCAGCCCUUGAGCCUAUUUGUGCCUAUUAAAGAUGCAAAUCUUUAAAAACCGGUCACACAUAUUUACAAAAAAUUUUUUAAAACACUGCAGGCACUGUAGUUUUCAACAGACGUUACUCAAACAGUAAAUAGUACAUUUGUUGGGGACUAUUUUCUCUUGCAUUAAUACACAUCUGGUGCUCUACUGAGUAUUUACAGGAUGGUGACUCAACAUGAACUACAGAGCCCAUGUUCAUCGUAAUGAAGGAACAUGUCUCCCAGUGCAACAGUGUGGCUCAUUAAUGUGUUUUUUAAUAGUUUUUGAACAACAAUGGAGCUCUGUGGCACAGAGGAAUAAGAUAUAUUUGGAUACACAGACAAUACUGGUCUUUUUAUGGGAUUUGUUGACAAUAAGAAAAAUAUAGAAUAUCAAAAGACUUAUCUUUAAAGUGACGAAGAUUAGUUUCUGUCCUCUACUUAUACAUGUCUGAUGUAAGAACUUUUUUUUAUGGGAAAAGAGUUGAAUGUAUUAAUUUGAUCAGUGGAAAUGAUUUGACCCUCAUAAAGCAAUUCAGCUAAGUAACCUCUGACUAAGAUGAACUUUCAGCCAGAAAACACACAGUUUUCAUACUUUUUUCACACCAAAUCUCAUUCUGAGUUCAUCUAUAACUUCGGAGACCAAUCAAAACAAUUCUUCUAAUUGAUCCUAAUUUAUUACGUCACAUAUGCUUUGCAUUGCAGCUCACCAACUAAAACUCAUGUCACUUUACCUCCAAUCCUACAUGCUGUAUGAUGUAUAAAAUAAUGACAAAUAUUAGAUAAUCUACUAUUUAUUUUGUAGCUGAUAAUUAAAGGAAGCUAAAAUAGAUGCCAGAUGUGUCUUAAAGAGGACAUGGGUCUGUUUGGGAGAUUUCUUCAAUGCCUUAACAUUGUUGCACUUAAAAUGAUGUGUGCAAGUGAAACUACAGGAGUGCUGUUUUAUUUUUAACUAUGCAAAAAUAGCAGAUUGUGUAGUAAUUAAAACCACCUUAUUUUUUAACACGUGAAGAACUUCUAAUGUGUUGAUUUGUUAGAAAUAAAAGCUUUUUCAGCAUGCAGUGUACUUAGUUAUUUUUGAAUGCAGUGAUUUCCAAGUCAAGUUAACAAGUGCCAUUCAGGUUAAGGGAAAUGCCUUAAUUUACUAAACUAAACUGUAAUUUAGUUUGAGUUAUUUUAGUAUAAUUGCAGUAAAACGUUUGGCCACGUACUCACAACAUUUUUAUGGACACAUUUCACCUUUAAGUGUUUUAAGGAUUCAGUGUCUAGUACAUAAAAGAUGUUACAGAGAAUAAAUUGAAGGUAAUUCAAUAACAAACAUGUUUGAACUUGAGGUACUGGUGUGAAACGUGUGAUGCCUCUCGGUUAAUUGCACAAUAACCAAACCGACUGAUACAUGAGUUACUUUGUGUUAUUAGAAGAUGUGAGCGCCACACUCCAUGUGAACUACAAACAAUCAUGGCAGAAUGAGAGUGAGUCACUUCUUGACAUAAUAUUAAAGUCUGAAAACAGUAUCCACUGAACAACGAUUAACUGCUGGAUGUUUUUGUUGUUUUGAAACUAAUUCUGUAAUAAAACUGAGAAAAUA